AUGGCGGCACCCCCCAACGCCGCCGUGUCCCCCCGCCCCCCCGCAGGUGACAAGGUGCCCGAGGCGCCGGGGGGGGUGCGGCUGCUGCCCCUGGCCGUGGUGGGGGGCGUCAUCCUGCUGGGCGCGGCGGCGCUGGGGGUGCUGGUGGCGCGGCGGCGGCGGGAGCAGAGCACCCUCUGGUUCCCCGAGGGCUUCGCCCUGGCCAAGGAGAGCAAGAGGGACCGGCGGGAGCCCGUGGGGCAGGACGCCCUGGGCAUGAAGACCCUGGGGAAGGGGGAGACCCUCAUGGGUGAACCCUCGGAGGAGUGGCCGGACGGCGACGGCCCCGAGGCCAAGAGGCUCAAGGUGGAGGAGGGGGCCGCGGAGCCCCCCGAGCCCGUGGACCCCCGGCGGUGGGACCCAGCACCACCUGGUCGCGGCCGACAUCCGCGUGCCCCCCACCACGGCCCUGACGCCCCCCCAGGGCGACCCCGACGCCGACUGCGUGGACGUCAACGUCCGCGGGCCAGACGGCUUCACCCCACUGAUGCUGGCCUCCUUCUGCGGCGGCGCCCUGGCGGCGGCGGCGGCGGCGGCGGCGGCGGAGCGGGGGGCGGCGGCGCCUCGGCGGGCGUCAUCGGGGCGCUGCUGUGCCAGGGCGCCAGCCUGGGCGCCCGCACCGACCGCCUGGGUGAGAGCGCCCUGCACCUGGCCGCCCGCUACGCCCGCGCCGACGCCGCCAAGCGCCUGCUGGGGGCCGGCGCCGACGCCAACGCCCGCGACAGGGCCGGGCGCACCCCGCUGCACGCCGCCGUCACCGCCGACGCCCAGGGCGUCUUCCAGAUCCUGAUCCGGAACCGCUCCACGGACCUGGACGCCCGCACGGGCGACGGCUCCACCGCCCUCAUCCUCGCGGCGCGGCUGGCGGUCGAGGGCAUGGUGGAGGAGCUCAUCGCCUGCCACGCCGACGUCAACGCCGUCGACGAGACCGGGAAGUCCGCCCUGCACUGGGCGGCCGCCGUCAACAACGUGGAGGCGACGCUGGCGCUGCUGAAGAACGGGGCCAACAAGGACAUGCAGGACGGCAAGGAGGAGACCCCCCUCUUCCUGGCCGCCCGCGAGGGCAGUUACGAAGCCGCCAAGAUCCUCCUGGACCAUUUCGCCAACCGGGAGAUCACGGAUCACCUGGACCGGCUCCCGCGGGACAUCGGCCGCGAGCGGAUGCACCACGACAUCGUCCGCCUGCUGGACGAGUACAACACGGGGCGCAGCCCCCCGGGAUCGCUGCCCCCCAACCCCGCCUUGACCCCCCUCCUCGUCGGCCCCCCAACUCCUUUUUUACCGGGUCUCAAAGCUCCUGCCGUCGGGAAGAAGAGUCGCCGCUUGGGGGGCAAAACGGGGGGGGGGAAAGGGCGGGGCAAGAAGUUGGGGGGCGAGUGUCCCCCCGGGUUGGAGAGCUCGGUGACGCUGUCACCCGUCGACUCCUUGGACUCCCCGUACGUCCCCAACCCGACGUCCCCCGGGCUCUUCCCCCCCGCCCCCCCCCCAAUUUUGGACCCCCCCUUCGCCGUCACCUUAGGGCCACCCAUGGGUGUCGGGCGAUUAUCGGGGGGUCCCGUCCCCCCCCCGCCCCGUUUAGGGCUGGGUUUGGGGACGGUGACCGUCCCCUUCGAGUGGCGCAACCGGGUCCCCCCGGGAACCCCUUGUAACCCCGCUUUGGGGGGGGUGCACCCCGUUUUACACCCCCCCACUCCAGGCUUCGCCCCCGCCUUGCUGCUGCCCCACGGCGCCGUGGGGUGCCCCCCACCUGCCGCCGAACCCCUUCCCCGUGGCCCCCAACCCCUCUCCCCCGAGGAGGGGGGGCCCCCCCGCUCCGCCGCCCCCCCCCCAUUUUUUCAAGCCCGGGGAGGAGUACCCCCCGGUGGCGGGGGGGGCGGUGGGGAGGUAUUUGGGGGUCCCCAGCGAGCACCCCUAUCUGACGCCCUCCCCCGAGUCCCCCGAGCAGUGGGCGAGCCCCUCCCCCCGCUCCCUCUCUGACUGGUCCGAGGCCACCCCCAGUCCGGCCGUGCUGGGGCCCCCCCAAACCCAGCUGCCCCCCCAAACCCAGCUGCCCCCCCCCACCGCCCGAGCAGACCCCCAAAAUGCAGGCCUUUGCCUGAGCGGUGGCGCCCACCCCCUCCCCCCAGGGACACCCCCAAACUGGGGACCCCCCCCAGACUGGGCACCCUGAGGGGCCCCCCCAGUAUGGGGACACCCCAGGGACACCCCCAAACUGGGGACACCCCCAGACUGGGCACCCUGAGGGACCCCCCCAGUAUGGGAACACCCCAGGGACACCCCAAAUUGGGGACCCCCCCAGACUGGGCACCCUGAGGGGCCCCCCCAGUAUGGGAACACCCCAGGGACACCCC